ACUUGCUGUUCCAUGAUUGGCUAGCUGUCACCUCGAGCCCCGCCUUCCCCACAUACCUCGGAGGAAGAUGAGUAACCCGCAGCCAGGAUUGCUAAAUCAUGGCAACAUUUAUGGAGCGACUGGCCUUUCUUCAGAAAGUCCCCACUCUAAUGAAGGCUACAGCAGAUGAUGAAAACCCCUGUCCUGGCUACCUUUUCCAAGAGAUUGGAAAAAUCUCCCAUGAGUCUUCAGGAUGCGGUCAGUGUUUGUUGGAGUACCUUCUGGAGAGGCUGCAGGUGGAGUCCUGUCAUGUCAAACUCAAGGUGCUGAAGAUCUUUGUCCAUCUUUGCGGUCAUGGCUCAAACCAUUUCCUCACAGAGCUGAGAAGAAACUCUACCUUCAUCCAGCAAGCAUCAGUUUACAGCGGCCCUCCUGAUCCCAUCCAUGGCACAGCAUUGUACCAGAAAGUGAGAAACACAGCACAGGAAGUGGCCAGGUUGCUUUUCACAGAUACAAUUCCCACCAAAAGCGGCAUCUCCCCGCUCAAGCAGCCCCACCUAGGAGCCCCAACAAUGGGUAUGGGCUCAGCAACUUCCCACAGGUCAGGAAUGCAGGGCUUUGGAUACAGUCCAGGGAAACAGGGAGCAGCAGGCGGUGACUCACUACUGGAUAAGAUCCAGAAAGCUGCAGAGGUAGUGGCCAGUGCUGUCCUUCCCCCGACCGAACACCAGGGUAUCCGUCUCCAUGACAACCAUUACCGGGCCGUAGUUGCGCCGUCCGCACCCAUAGAGGUGGCGGUGCCUGCGUGUGCCUAUAACCUGCCCACUCGGGCACCCAAAGCAUCGACCCAGCGGUUCCCAGGGCAGAUAGGAGGCGGCUGGGAAGAGACCGACAGUGGCAACAGCUCUUCUCACAACUCUUCUCAGGAUAUCGCGGCAAACAGCAGGGCCUCUGUUGGCAGCAAGUCGGCUGGUACCGGGAGCCAAUCUGGGGCCAGCAGAGAGAGCAGCGGGGACCUGUCAGACCGUGUGGAAGCCCUGCAGUUGGGGGACUGUGGCCAGGAGAUGGCGCUAAUCAACAGACUAACUGAAGGAUGCAAAGUUUUCCUGUCCAGAGAGGAGAGCCAGCACUUCAUCAAAGAGUGCUCCACUCUCAACUGUGAGGUCGUGCUGGAGUUGCUCUCAAGCAAGCUUCAAGAUCCCUCAAAUACUGUUAAGAUGCGGGCACUGUGUGCCGAAUCAUGCCUCAUGACCUCUGACCUCCUCUCUCUGGAACAAAUGUUCGGAUCAACGCAACGAAGGCUCCGCCAGCUGAGUGAGGGGGCUCCAGGACCCGUGGCCAACAAAGCCACCAAGAUCCUGCGACAGUUUGAGGCUCUGAUGGGUGGAUCUGUACACACACCAAGGCAGGAUACAGUGAACAACAGCCACCAAGCAACAACUAAUCAGCUUCCAACAUCUACAUACUCGGACCCUUUGCUACCAACUCACUCUGCUGACACUAACCUCAACCAUUAUCAGCCGGGCAUGUCACCCACAGGUGUCACCCCACCACCAAAUCACCCAUCUUCCCCCUCUUGUGUAGCCCAGGGAGACUCCUCAUGGGAGCUGAUGGAUGGCGGCGAUGAGGAGAAACUUUCUCCUGUUCUGCAAGAGCCACUUAGGACUGCUGAGCGCGAUCUUAAUUCAGUUGCUGAAAAAUCAGAGCUUAACAUGGACAGAAGCUCGUCCCCUUCAGCCGAGCCCCAGAGUGAGCAGCCCUGUCUGAGCAGACUGUCCCUGUUCAGCGGUAUGGAGCUGGUGACUAAGGGGAGACCUCUGUGUCAAAGAGAGACAUCCCAAACAGAGACGGACACCGCGGAUGACAGCUUAAGGGAGGAGCUACCUGGCGAUGGCGCUCCUUUAUUUUGCAAUGCAGUCACCUGUGAUAGCAGCCAACCAGUAUCAGCCUUCUCAUUCGUCAACUUUUGACCACAACUUUAUACAGCUGGAACUGUCGUGGUUAAACCAAUGAUGUCAUCACGUAUAUCCUUUUAGAAAUCUAUUUAAUUUUAUAAACCAAGAUCUGUAAGCUUACUAUAAAGAGGGCAGAUUCACAUUAAGUUGGGGUUUUCUGCUCCUAUCUGUAUGGUGCCUCCUUGGAAAUUGUAUUAAAGCAGCAGACUGGGGGAAGAGAAAGAGAUUUCGGACACAUAAUAACCGUAGUCCUUUAGUGCAAUCCACAGUCAGCUUGAGAAACCCCUCAACUGUCACACGCGAGGACUAGUAUGGAAGCUAUGUUGCUGUUUGUCGGCUAAUCCCUCAAAAGUAUUUAACAAGAAUGGUUGUCUUGAAUUACCGGUUGUUAUUAUUGACAGUUGCUUUAUCUCAGGAUUCCUUUCAGCUAACUGAAACAACUCGUACGCCUCUGCAGCACGGCCUAAACCUCCGAGGGAGAACCCCUCGUUUUGUAAUUUGCACUACAGUUGUUUUUCUUAUGGACUCAUAAACCUUACAAAUGAGAGUUGUCUUCCUUAUUUUUUUGGUACUAAGCUAUUAUGUCGGUGUCAUGAGUGUUAGUUUACAAAUUAUUUAUUAUGUGUGCUCUGUAUUGAUUAAACAUACCUGUGAGAGUGGUGGUAGAGUGCAUGUAUAUGAUUAAAGACUAGUUUGGAGAACUAAUGGAGGAAGUGAUUAUUGAGAUAUUGUGUGUGCAUAACAAUGUGUGGAGCAUUAGCAUAAUGCAAAUGCAAGUUGCUUGGGUAACCAAAUCAAAGGCAAGUGAUGCACCAGUUUAGUGGACCAAUAUCAGUGUCAGUCGAUAUAUGUUUCUCUGUUGUGUGGCAUCAAUUUUUCACAGGGCUUGACACUAACUGUGUAUGGAGGAGAGCUAAUUAAUGUUAGCCGUUAGCAGCUGGUGGCCAGUACUAACAGCUAAUGGAGGUUGCAUUGAAUUACAUCAUGAUGUGUUCCAUCUCUACUCAGUAAAAGUGAGUAUUGGACAAAGGUAAAUUAUAACUUCAUCGUGAUGUGUUCAAAUGUAAGCUUGUACAAGUCAGUUUUUGGCAAGAAACUAUGUAUGAAACUAAGUAUGGUAUCAGUCCAGAAUUUCACAGUUGGUGCAUACCUAUAAAAGGCAGAUUGCCUUCACAAUCUCACCCUUGUCGUUUUAGUUACAUACUGUACUGUGGUGUUCAGGGCUGUGGAAUGUGGCACACACGACACGCCAAAAUGGUAAUCCAACCCACCCAAUGCACAUGAACGCCACUGAUGCAUUUUGUUUGAGUGAACACAAGCUAUGCUGCUGCACAUGCUGACGAACAAUAAAACCUGCUGUAUUUUUGUUGCAGCA